AUGGUAGAAUGUUUUAGUGAACAAGUUCAAUUUCAUAUUGGUGUUUUGGACCUUGAUCUUGCUCUUCAGGAAGAGAAACCUACUGCUAUUAUCGAUACUAGAAGCAAUGAAGAAAAGACCCAUUAUAAAGCUUGGAAAAGAUCAAACAGACUUAGCCUGAUGUUCAUGCGAAUGAGUGUAGCAGAAAAUAUAAGGACUGCUCUUUCUAAAACUGAAAGUGAAAAACAAUUUAUGAAAAAUAUGGAAGAGCGUUCCCAAACUGCUGACAAGUCUCUUGCAGGGACAUUAAUGAGUACACUAACCAAUAUGAGUUUUGAUGGUUCACAUACUAUACAUGAGCAUGUCGUUGAAAUGACGAAUAUUGCUACAAGACUUAAGACCUUAGGCAUAACUGUGGAUGAAAGCUUCCUUGCUCAGUUUAUUCUUAACUCAUUACCGAUUGAGUAUGGGUCAUUCUAA